AUGAAAAGCAGCAAUACAGUCAAUCGAAUGGAUAAACCGACGCUAAUCUGCAUACGCCUUGGUCAUGUUUGCAGUAGCCUUUGCAAUGCUGCUACCGCUACUUGCCAGAUGCAAGACGGUGCUAAAGAUGAGAAACGUCUGGUUCAUCGUUGUGCACCUCCAGCUUCAUCAAGCACACUUUUGCAUGAGAGAAGCAGGAGGCAGGCGAGUUGUGCGCUGUCAUACUUUAUCAACUGCAAAAAUGUCUGGGUCUGAAUGAUUUCGGAAUUUGUCAUGCUAGUCUGGCAUGACUCUGAGCUCUGUAUUGCGUGGCCGCAAAGAGCACCUCUUGCCUGUCAUACGAAAACGCAGUUUCUAAUGCGGAAUACGCAACGCAGAACCACGGAAAAACUUGUCAUGCUUCGCAGUGCAUUACAUACAGUGUGCACAUUGUAGUUCGCUGACUUGCAUCACAAGCUUCCAGACUCAGACAUAUUUGCAGUUCAUAUACUUCGGAGCGGUUUUCCAAUCAAGUGGACUACAACGUGUUUGCGCUGUGUGACGCGGUAUGCAUCGGCACGUGUGUCUGGGCCUGGAUCUUCUGAGUAUGUCGUGUGUAGUCACGAUCUUCUCUCCGACACGAGGAUCAGUCAUCUCGUGUCGUGUAGUGGUAGUGCAUGAAAUAAAGCUGUGAAUUUCGUAUUUGGUCUUCUUCCUCGACGGGGCGCCGAUUCUUUGCAGAAUAAAUCAGGAAUACAAAUCCACCUCGCAUCAUCUUCUUUCCAAACGCAGACAUAUGUGCAGUGCAUACGCGGUUUUGACGGUGUUUCACGACGUUUUGGCGUGAUGAAGAAUCAAU